AUCAAAUACUGAAACAGUAAAGCGAUAACGUUCAUACAAAGAUGAAUCAAGACCUUCUUCUCCCAUGGCGUCCGUGCCAGACCUUCCUCCCUCUUCCCUUCCCGUCCACACUUGCUCCUAUCUGCACAAGAAAACCCACCACGCUCCUUAUCCGAGCAACUCUCCAGUCCGAAAAAACAGCAGUUCUUACAGCUAAAGAGAAAAGAGAGAUGAGGAACGCCAAAAGAGACGAAAAUCGAUUGUAUAAUUGGAGGGAAGAAGUCGAAGAAAAGUUACUGAAGAAACCCAAGAAGGAAUUUAAGUCUUGGAAGGAAGAACUUAACCUUGACAAACUCUCUCUUCUGGGUCCCCGAUGGUGGAUUGUCAAGGUCUCCAGAGCUACCGGUAAGGAUACUGUUGUAAAGAUGAUGCAGGCACUCCAUCGCAAUUUUCCUGAUGCUGAGUUUAAGGUAUAUGCUGCAGCUGUCAAUGAGAAAAAGAAGUUGAAGAACGGUUCAAUCUCAGUUAAACCGAAGCCUCUCUAUCCUGGAUGCGUGUUUUUGCAUUGCACACUGAAUAGGGAACUCCACAAUUUUAUAAGAGAAUGUGAUGGGGUUGGAGGAUUCGUUGGACAAAUGGUUGSAAACACAAAGAGACAGAUUAACAAACCAAGGCCCAUAACUGAUGCUGAUAUGGAAGAAAUAUUUCAAGAAGUGAAGGAGAAACAGGAAGCGUCAGAUAAAGCUUUUGAAGAAGAGCAUGAAGUUGGUCAUGAGUUGGAAAUUCUUGAUAAAAGAUUGCUUUCACUUUCAGAUCAAAAGCUAGUUGCAGCAAAGACAAAAGGACAAUCCAGAAAACCUUCAGGGAUUCUUUUAGGGUCAACUGUACGAAUCGUGUCGGGGGCCUUUACAGACUUCACAGGCACCAUAAAGAAACUAGAUAAGAAAAGAGGAAUGGCAACGGUUGGGUUCACAUUGUUUGGGAAGGAAACUCUUGCGGAUUUAGAUCUCUGUGAGAUUGUAGAAGAGCAGAAAUGAUGCAAAUAGGCUACAUCUUGAUCUCAAGUGUUGUUUCAGGUGGAGUGGAGUGAAUGAUCUACAUUAUGAAGUGGGCACUGGUUAUUGUAAACAUUGAUCAAACUCGUAGGCGAUUCAAGAACCUGAAACGACCCACGACCUGCAUCCAUCUAUCUAUUCAAGAUUGCUCAUCUCUUUGGAUGAUUACUGACCAACUGUCAUGCAGUAACUGCUACUAGUUUUUAAUUUGUCCCGUAAAUUCUCUAUGUCUAGAUCCUUGUCGGGAAACCUAAAGUAGCAAUGAGUUGCAUUGUGAGUUGCAAGCACAACUGUAACUAAGUGAGCUCUACUCAUUGUAUGGAUCGGGUUUGAUUUAAAAGUUUAUUGGCCGAA